CCUGAAGUCAGUAAAGGGAGCCGCAGGAAAUGUCUAGGAAGUGGACGAAACCGACUAGAGACACGAGCCAGUCCGGAAUCAACCAUAAGGGAGCCACCGUGGGCGAUUGACUGACCGUCACGUCACCACCGGAAGGGAUAGUUGCUCAUUUAGCAUCUUCCAUCUUCACCAUCUGUAUUGGGCAAAAAAAAAAAGCCAAAGGUGCACCGCGUAUGGCCGCGAGGCGGCCGCCAUUUUGCCGACACACCAUGUGGCAAGGGUGACAGCACGGGGGAAGUGCGGAGAUGAAGCUGAAGCAGCGCGUGGUUCUGCUGUGCGCCGUGCUCCUCCUGCUGGGGUUGGCCAAGAUAUUCCUUCUAGAUGGCGGUGAUGGCUCGGCGGCCAGCCGGCGUGACCUCCGGGCCUUCCGCAAGAUGGAGGCCGGGCUGUCUUUGUCGCGGGGAGCCCGACUGACUCACACCCUGCAGUCACCGUGGGAGAUAGCUAGCCAGUGGGUAGGCCCCCGAGAGGUGUACCCCGAAGAUGCGCCUGAGCUGGCCGCUGUACUCACCGCACUUAGCCAAGCCCGCGUUGAGAGUGCCGAUGUUGGCUUUAAGGGCACGCAGCUCAAGGCCUUGCUGGUGCUGGACGGCGGACAGAAGGUGGUCUUCAAACCCAAGAGAUACAGUCGCGACCACGUGGUGGAAGGGGAGCCGUAUGCCGGUUACGAUCGGCACAAUGCCGAGGUGGCUGCUUUUCACUUGGACAGAAUCCUGGGCUUCAGGAGAGCGCCCCUUGUGGUGGGAAGGUACAUCAACCUGCGCACAGAGCUCAAGCCUGUGGCCAGCGAGCAGCUGCUCGCCACCUUCCUGUCGCAGGGUAACAACACGUGCUUCUACGGAAAGUGCUACUACUGUCGGGAGAGCGAGCCUGCGUGCGGCCAGGGCGACAUCAUGGAGGGAUCUUUGACGCUGUGGUUGCCUGACGUGUGGCCGCUGCAGAAGCACAGACACCCUUGGGGACGCACGUACCGUGAGGGCAAGCUCGCCAGGUGGGAGUACGAUGAGAGCUUUUGCUCCGCGGUGAAGAAGAUGCCGCUGUACGACGCCGGGCCACGCCUGCUGGACAUCAUCGACACAGCCGUCUUCGAUUAUCUGAUUGGGAACGCCGACCGCCAUCACUAUGAGACUUUCCAGGAUGACGGCGGUGCAAGCAUGCUCAUCCUGCUGGACAACGCCAAAAGCUUCGGGAACCCCGCUCUGGACGAGCGCAGCAUCCUGGCACCGCUUUACCAGUGCUGCAUGAUCCGCGUGUCCACCUGGAACCGGCUCAGCCUGCUGCGGGGCGGUGCCCUGAGCGCGGCCAUGCGGCAGGCGCUAGCGUUCGACCCCAUCCGGCCCGUCCUGGCCGAGCCGCACCUGGCCGCUUUGGACCGCCGCCUAGCCGGCGUGGCGACUGUCGUCAAGCAGUGCAUUGAGGCCCACGGUGCGGAAAACACCCUAGUGGAGGACCGCGUAAACCUGCCGCAUCCAUGAAAAUGAUAGCAGACUUUUUCUGAGUGAAACUCUGAAGACCGCUAAGCAGACGCCAUUGUGAUAGUUGUCAGAUAGGAGACAAAAAAGCCAAGUGUAAAUAGUUAAAAGAAAUACCAGACACUAAAAGUGUGUCAAUUAUAAUAUUAUUGCAUAACAGUGUGUGUGGGUGUUGUUGCGCGCGUGCUUGUGAGAGGAAAGUCGCCAUACUGUGCCGUUAAGCUACUGACAUCACAGACUUGAAAAGGGGGGAAAGGGGGCGGGGCUUGGGCAUGCAGAGGUCCAUCUUCAAUAUUAAACAUAACCUCCAUUUCACUUGUCUGUUUUUUGGUAUAACAUUUUGGGGGGAAAACUUUUUUUAUCAGUUAAGGUUCAUAUUUGACACAAUGAAAAAAUAAUAAAGCCUCAGACCAGGUAUGACUCCAAGCAUUCCCCGGAGCUUAGCCUUCUCUGACUGUGUACAAGUAUUACCUCUUUGCUUGUCAGCUUUUGGGUGAUUCUCAUGACAGCUAUGCAUGAUGGUAAUGAAAGACAUUUACCAAAGCUAGCAGAAUGCAAUGAUGACUUGUCAUUUUUUCAUCAACUGUUUGAGUUCCCUAUUAUUUUAUUUGCAGUAAAAUAUCUACUUGAUUAAGCUCUAAAAUCAUGUAAUGUUACACAUUAUGGUAAUGAUCGCCUAUGGUGGGGAAGUAGGCAUAUGUAAAAAUUAAUAUCAAAAAAGGCCAAACAAUCUUAGCUUGUCCUUACCUUACAAAAGCCUUACUUUCUUUGUGGUGCAUUAUGGGUCAGAAAAACUUAAAAAAAACAACAACAACAAAACAAACACUGAUUAUGAUGCAACCAUGAACAGUGCAACAGUCAUGAGAAUGGAAAAAUUCUGUUCAAUUCAGUCAAGAUAAUUUACCCUUUUUUUAACCUGUCCUGUUCAGCUGUUUGACAUUGAGAAUGGAAGUCUAAGUGCCCGGAUGGUCUGAACAGUUUUAAUGUUUCACAUUGAGAGUCUGACAUACUCCCAUUGUGAUCAUUCAACAUACCUCGUUUAUUAUGACAAAGCAGCAAACAGGAAGGGGUUAUGGGUGUACAGAAGAAAAGAAACACAAGAAAGAAAAAAACUACAAGAAAUACAUUGAACGUCUAUACUGUACUUAAUACUAAUAUGUUGGCGCUAUCAUCAGCUAGAUGUAUUUCUGGUUGACACCAUGUGGGGGACCUGUUGACCAGGGAAAGAGAGGGAUGGGGGUGGGGGAGUCUAUAAGCUAAGUGAUUGAAAGGGGUAGAGUGUACACAAAUCAGUUCUGUGAUCUAGAACCCAGUGAUCGUGUGAAUCCCUUGUGAGUGUAAGCCCGUUGGCGACCAACCCUACGCCGCCCAUAUCAGCAAUUCCUGGCCUGUGACCCCCCACCCGAGCGUGCCCCAUCACAUCCAGCCGCAUGCAAGGCACGCGACAGCCACACAGAUGAGCGGAGACGCCACGCGGCUGCCAACCCAGGGCCACGGCCCCCCAUCCAGCCACCCUGGGAAGGGAGGGCGGGCGGGGGGGUUCAGCGCA